AUGUUUUUGUUUUAGAUUUCCCGGCUAAUUGUGUUAAAAAUAUUUAAUUCGAUUUCAAGUUUAAACUCUAUAAGAUAAUCAAGCUUCUACAUGUCAAAUGCAAUUGGAAGCGAAGGAUACCUUUCCAGCGAAACGAAUAAUUGUUAAGCUAAUCGAGGAAGCACUGCAGCAAUACGAACGAAAUACAAGCGCGCUGGAUAUAGAGUCAAUUAUAGAAGUGCAUACAAAUCAUUUAUUGCAACAACUCAAAGCGCUUUUGGGCGAUAUCCUCGUAGAGGCAUUGUGCAUUUUGGAUGAGCAAAGCAUAAUUUUAUAUACCAGUGAAAGUUGUGCUCUUGCCGAGAUACAAAUCAAACAUCAACAGUACAGUAGCUCUGUUUGGUUGUUUCCUGGCGUGAAUUAUUGUAAUUGUCAACAAUUCAACGAGCGUGUAUUGGGCUUGUCAAGUGAGCUAGAACAUCAAACUUCAGCCACACAAAGUGAAAACGUGCAGCGGAGUUAUACUUGUGCACAUGUAUUGGCAUUGCGUCUCGCACAGUUGUUACGUCCAAAGCCAAGUUCUUACAAAGUGGAAGAGGUGACAACACAACAAUUUAAUAAUUUGAAUGAACGAAUGGAAUGCACCUUUUUAGAAAUAUUUAAGCAAAAUUCGCCGUGAAAAUUAACGAAUGCAACAUUCAAAG